AUGAGGUCGUCGGCUCUCCUUGUUUCCGCCGCUGUCCUUGCCAGCACUGCUUUGGCGCAGACCACAGCUCCCCAAUAUGGGCAGUGUGGGGGAAUAGGAUGGACGGGUGCAGCUGUAUGCCCAUCCGGUUGGGCAUGUACUUUUUCAAACGAUUAUUACUCACAAUGCCUUCCUGGUGCUACCACGUCGGCCGCGCCAACCUCCACUGUUUCUUCAUCAUCCGGAGGCACGCCGACAUCUACAUCUGCGGCCGCCAGCGGUACUACGACUCUCGAAGCCGGUUACUCUUUCAUUCGCGCUGUCGAAGACCCAAACUUCCACAAGUACCUCCAAUCCGAGGUUCUGAACACGGCUUCGGACGCCGUCCUCGGCUCGCCCGCGACCGCUGCCCAGUUCCAGAUCGUCUCGGGUCAACUCGUCCAAAACGCAAACGGCACCCCGCUGUACGCUGUCGUCGAGGCGCAAGCGAACAGCACUGUAACAAAGCUCAAGAUGUCGUGGUCAACAACGCCCGCAUCGGGUGACAGCGCCGGUACCUUCAUGUGGAGUGGGGACACUGUGGAGUGGCAGAUCGCGUCUAUCAAUCGGCCACAGCUGAAUGCUUGGCUAGUUUGUCCUGAUUCUGCUGGGAACGCAGACGUCUACGUCAACUUGGGCGCAUACGACUAUAUGACUCCUGCUGGAUGCGCCGACGAGACGAUUCACGCCUACACGGGUGCAACAGCCACCCCAUGA